CUCCCACGUGACCCAACGACAUCACUUCCGCUCGAGCGAUUCCGAAUCUGGAACCCGCGCGAUGAAGAACGCGUUUGUGACCGUCGGGACCACCAGUUUCGACGAGCUGGUCGCCCGUGUAGCUGCCCGCGACAGCGUUGAGCGGCUCGGUCCAAGACCCCCCCACCUCCGGUCCUUAAUGGUUGUUGCCACAGCGUCAUAGCCCGCGACCCCCGCCGCCUUGAGCCAGACACGGUGGUCUCUGUCCGCCAGCCCACCUGAACUACUUUAGCAGGUCAAGAGGGGCUUGGCUACUGCUUUGAGCCGUCCCGGCUCAGUCUGUGCCUUCCCUUGGUGCCCGCCUAUUUUUGGACUCCCUGUUCCAGAUUCUCCAGAGUCUUGGUUACAACCGGCUUGUCCUUCAAAUUGGUAGAGGCACAGUGGUCCCUGAACCAUUCAGUACUGAGUCAUUCACUCUGGAUGUUUACAGGUAUAAGGAUUCUUUGCAAGAAGACCUUCAGCAAGCAGAUCUUGUCAUCAGCCACGCAGGUGCAGGAAGCUGUUUGGAGAGUCUCGAAAAAGGCAAGCCACUUGUGGUAGUUGUAAAUGAAAAAUUAAUGAACAAUCAUCAGUUUGAAUUGGCAAAGCAGUUGCACAAAGAAGGACAUCUCUUCUAUUGUACCUGCAGCACGCUUCCUGGGCUGUUACAGUCAAUGGAUUUAUCAACACUGAAAUGUUAUCCUCCUGGCCAGCCAGAAAAAUUUUCUGCAUUUUUGGAUAAAGUUGUUGGAUUACAAAAAUAAACUCAAAACUUUAAAAUA